CGCGGUUAUCAAAACAUACGUUACGUUUCAGCGUGCAAAUGACAAAUUAAUAAAUUUGUAGCCUUUUCUUCACCAAGGUGACCUUUUUUCCCCCACUGGGCUUGAUCUGGAAGUAUGACCGUACAUAUCAAUUGAUACGUGUGUGGUAAAUGUACAGACUGUGAAAAUCAAAAAAUAAAUGUCAUGCCCAUGACAAACUUACUUUGUGAAUAGUUUUUGAUAUUGUUUGCAUUUAUUCUGUUAAUUUCUAGUCUGUACAAUUACAAACACGUGUUAGUCAUACUGUCAAAAAAUCAGUGCUAAUAACAUGUCCCUGCUGUAGGUUGUAAGUAUGAUCAUCGUUUACGUAAACCUGAAGAAAAUUAGCCAGCAUAUUUAGUCGGGAAUUGGGCUACUUGGGUUAAAUUUCGAAAUAUUUUCUCUCUAGGAAGACGUUUCUACUGUUCUCUACUUCCUCAUUUUUGUUAGCCUGGGCUUUUUUACCCGUAUCCCUUUUGUUAACUCAUCCGUUGCGUCGUUUCUCUCACUAUUCCUAUAUUGUACAAUCGAACAAACCGAUUCUCGAAACUGAACCCGAAAUGUAAUAGGCUCAUUAUGGAAUAGGAAGCUGUAUAUCAGAGUGUUUAUUACAACCGCUUGUAAUGUAAUACGUAAAUACAUAUGAAAAAAUACACUCUUUCUUUCCUUAAAACUCGAAAGUAAAAUUGCCUUAUACUUUUCUUUUUACGAAAUUAGUCUUUCUUCCUGUAUUACAUCCUUAUGCACAGUCUUUCUUUUAUAUAUUACAACCACUGAAGUAAGUAAUUCCAUGUAUUCGGUGCUUAUCUUGUGCUAAUGAGGUAUGUUGACCUGAACUGGUGCAUGUGUGUGCCUGGUCCUACAUUGUAGCUGACUGAUAUAUAGAGGACGAUUCGUCAGGUUGCACUUUUAAAUAAGAUUCAGUGUCAUAAAAAAUCAAUUAUAAGUGGGUUCCUAUCACAUGAUAUGAAAUAAGUGGAAUGACUGCUUGGCAAUGAAUAACAUGACUGUCUGAACGGUAGGAAACGGAUCGAACAAAUAACUCAGAUUCACUUUGACUCAACUACGGAUUGAUAGGAAUAAAAUACAAUAAAAUAGAAUAUAAGGUCCAGUUUAUAAGACUAGGUCGUUAUUAUUAUACGCGUCUAGUCUGUGAGAUCAUCGACUUAAUUAGUUAGAAACUUGGAGCAUUCCCCCAUAAAUUAGUGAUGCUUUUUGAUUUCCAAGUCAUAAUGUCUAUUUUAAAUUGUUUUAUGUUUUUCGGGUCAUCUAUUCGAAACGAUUUUUUGUUUCUUUGUGUUGCAAUGUGGUCAUCAUCACCAGAAUGCCCUAAUCACAGUACACAACAUUUCAUUAUUGUCUUUUUUCAGAUUGUACUAUUUGUUUUUUCUCAAACUACUUUGAGUAUUUAGAUGGCACUGGUGGGUUAUAUUAACUCUCAAACCCCUGGACAUAUUUUAAACUAUUCUGAAAGCUUUUUUGGGGGAAAUCUCAUCACCUUUCCAAAUGUGAAACCACCACCUGUAGACAAAAUACAAUGCAUGGUUUGCCGUAAAACUAUGGACUUUAUUAUGCAGUUAUAUUGCCCGAUUGGCGAUUCAAAAUAUCACAGAGCACUUUAUAUUUUUGUAUGCAUAAAUGGUCCUUGUCAAUCCAGUGGAAACAACUGGAAGGUCUUGCGUUCACAAUACUCUAUAAAAUCCGAUCAGAAUUCUCAAUCGAAACCAUGCACAAAUUGGUGUGCUGAAUAUGAAAAUGAUAGUUCUGAUGGAGAAAGUUGGGGUCAAGAUGCUGAUAAAAGUUCAGAAAUUCAAUGUAAAGUUGAAAAUUUAAAUGAACAAUCGUCUUCUCUUAUUGGUCGCUUUCAAUGUUAUUCAGUUGAUAUCUACGAAGAUACUACUAUUACUACCACUGGUAGUAGUCAUACUGCAGAACCUGAAAUAGACACAACCAACCAUGAUGAUGACGAUAUUGAAAUCAAAUCCAGUUCACCAUCAAUUAAACACUUCCUAUCAAAAUGGUCAGAAAAAGCCCUAAUUGAUAAAGAGUUUAUUGAAGAAGACGAUAAUACUGGCCCUGAAGCUUUUAGCGAUGAAUUAUUAUCUUACAUUGCCAACAGAGGAGAGUAUGGAUGUGAAGAUAUUCGUUAUUGUUGGUCUGGCCAACCUAUUUUCAAUGGCCUUCCUCCAAGUGAUUUAGCAAAUUAUUCAACUUGUCAUCGAUGCGGUUCAGAACGAGUAUUUGAACUACAACUUUUCUCUACAAUCAAUAAUUCUCUUAAAUUAUCAACUUUAUUAAACGAAGAUUACGAUGGAGUAAAUGUUAGUUGGUUAUUAAAUAUUGUCACAGUAUUAAUAUUUACUUGUCGAGAUUCAUGUUGGUCACAAACAGCAGAUGAUUGGGUAGAAGAAUGUGUUAUAGUCCAAACAGAUAAAAAUGUAACUAAAAUAAUCUGUCCGUCAUAAUAAUAAUGAUUAGUCUGUAUAUAUGUAUUAUAUUGUAUAUAUCUAUUGUUUUAAUAUUGCCAAUAAAAUUAUAAUACGUACCAUUA